AUGGAUUCCGAGUCCUUAGUUAAGAUUUUGCGGGCGUACGACACGUCUCUGGACGCGGCGUCGGUCAGGGUCGCGUUGGAAGACGAGAAGGCCAGAGCCAGAGCCAAAGCCAGCGCCACUUCCAGUUCCAGUUCCAGUUCCAGUUCCAGUCCGGGUGGCCUCGUGGACUGGGUCGCACUGCAUCUCACCUCAGACACGCUGCUCUCGGUCGACGAACUCAACCAGUUCGCAGCGCUUGAGAAGGCGGGUUUGGCGGCUGAGCUAGCGGCAACCACCGACCUUGGCGCUGUUCAGUCCUUCAGCGACCAGGAGAUCAAGGAUGCCAUUGAAGAGCUGAACAGAUGCACGGAUGCUAUUUCCAAACAGACCGAGGCCCUCAAGCAGCAGCAAGAGGCCCUCGAUCGCCUCGUUAGCGGGACCAGAAAGGCUGCCGAGGCGCGCUUCCAAAUCGAGUCGCGCCAGACCCAGAAAUGGGAAACACAACACAGAUCUGUCGCACUUGCGGUCGAAGACCUUUCUCAGUCGCUGCACUUAAGCGUCGUCGAGCUGGAGCAGCAGGGCAAGGGCGACGGGGCGAGCCUCCAGCAGACCGUGGCCGGCCUGUUCCAGUCCGACGACAAGCUCCUCUCGAGUCUACAGAAACUUGGAUGGGAGCUGGACACGGAAGAUACAGAGGUGAAAAACGAUGUCGUCAUGCUACGUGAGACAUGCGCAAGGUUGAUCAAGUUCACCGUGGAGGGCAUCCGAACAAAACUCGAUCGCACCUACCUCGAGUCUCUCGAGGCAUCGAUACGAUCGGGCACCACCAAACACGUUUCAGCCGACGACGUCUCUGCCCUCCAGGACGAGCUCGAAUCGCUGUACGCCGAAAUCCUCCCUGUGGCCCAGAUGUCUGCCGAGCAGCAGUUCCUUGCACCCGCCCUUAAAAAGCUCGCGACGGAAAAUGGUCAAAGCUUUGCGAGAUCGAAACAGGCGGUCAGAUAUAUUUGCGAUUGUCUGGACUAUCUCCUCGAUCACGUGCAAGACUUGUCGACCCGAGUCGAGGCAUUCCAGGCAUACCAGGUCGCAGCCAGCGCCCUUAUCAACAUUGCACGUUCCGAGUUGGCCGCGCAGGUUCCAAUCCCAGCGAAGAGAGAACGGCGUCCGACUCUUGGGGCAUCUCCAACGCGGCGCAAGUCGAUUGACCAGGGCAACCCGGCAUCCCCGGUCCGUCCCGGGCCAAGAUCUCGUCCGAGACGCUCCUCAGGCCUAGGAGGCGACGGCCCGCCACUCGAGGACAUUCUCAGAGCCCUUGCUAUCAACCUCUCACAGGAGGAUGCGUCAUCAUGCGCAAUUGGAGCCGAAGCCCAGGUCAAGGUCCUAGCGUCGACCCUGGCUGAGCGCCAGGCCAAAGCGAAAGACGUUGCACAAAAUGUCCAAGAAUCGUUUGAGAGCGCCGCGAUCAAGCAAAUAGCCGACGCGAAGCGAGCAAUCCAGAUGGCGCGUGAAUCGGUCCUCGCCGAGAGCCCGUUCGGCCAGGUCCGGUUAGUCGACCCCGAGAUCGACGGAUCCAUUGCCGUGCUCUCUCAGGAGCUGGAAAAUGCCCGCGUGAGGCUAGAGGACAUUGGCGCGAACCUUGUCAAGGUGCGCGGGAAGAGCGCGAAGAAGGACGACCUCAUCAAGCGCUGGGGAACAUAG